AUGAACCGAACGAUUAUCAGGACAUCGACGCACACGCCUGGACUGCUCAAGCAGCUAUCAUGUAGACCAGCAGCAAUCCGACCACUGGACCGAUGCCGAGCCAGAACAUUAAUGUCAUUGGCCUCACCUAGACCCAAGACCAUCGGAAUCCGAGCCGACCACCCGGUCAGCAGCCGAUGGCGUCGCUAUUCCCAGGUGGUUGAGGGUCAGGAGGGACCAAAGAUUGACAUGGAUAACCUCGAACGGGUGUCGGACGAGGUGGACGUGUGUAUCGUCGGGGGCGGCCCGUCAGGCUUAUCGGCGGCCAUCAAGCUUCGACAGCUUGCGAUCGAGGCUGGCCAGGGGGACGAUUUCCGGGUGAUCGUGAUCGAGAAGGGGGCGGAGGUAGGCUCGCACAUCCUCUCCGGUGCGGUGAUCGAGACCCGGGCGUUGGACGAGCUGCUACCGGCGUGGAGGGAGGACGAGAGUGCACCCCUGGUGAUGAAGGCCAGCUCGGACUCGAUGAAGUUCCUCACCGCCCGCUCGGCUUUCCCCCUGCCCCACCCGCCCCAGAUGAACAACAAGGGCAACUACAUCGUCUCGCUCAGCAAGGUCUCUCGCUGGCUCGCCGAACAGGCCGAGGCCCUCGGCGUCGAGAUCUACGCAGGCUUCGCCGGCGCUAAGCUGCUCUACUCCGAAGAUGGACAGGCCGUGCGUGGGGUGAUCACCAACGAUAUCGGCCUCGACCGCGCCGGCCGCCCGAAGGACUCCUUCGAGCCCGGGAUGGAGUUCCAUGCGAGGACCGUCUUGUUGGCCGAGGGCUGCCAUGGCUCUUUGUCCAAGAUGGCCAUCGAACGCUUCAAGCUGAGAGACGGCAAGGACCCCCAAACCUACGGCCUCGGGAUCAAGGAAGUCUGGAGAGUCAAGGACGACGUCUACGAGCCCGGAAAGGUGCUGCAUACUCUGGGCUGGCCACUACAGCGGGACACGUACGGGGGCAGUUGGAUGUACCAUCUCGAGGAUAACCUUGUCUCUCUUGGGCUAGUCGUUGGGCUAGAUUAUCCGAAUCCCUAUCUGUCUCCAUACCAGGAAUUUCAGAGGUUAAAACACCAUCCACUUUUUUCGAGAGUGCUGGAGGGCGGGGAAUGUUUGGCAUACGGCGCACGAGCGUUGAACGAGGGGGGAUACCAAUCGAUUCCCAAGCUGACGUUCCCAGGGGGAGCGUUGAUAGGAUGUUCGGCGGGGUUCCUGAAUGUGCCGAAGAUCAAGGGGACGCACACGGCGAUGAAGUCGGGGAUGAUUGCGGCCGAAGUCGCCUUCGAGGCGCUCGUCACCAACAAGUCUCCGGCCCAGGAGACCGAGACGCCGGUCGAGCUGGUCGACUAUCAGGACAAGCUCGACAAGUCGUGGGUGAUGAAGGAGCUGAAGGAGGUCCGCAACUUGCGGCCCUCGUUCCAUAACCCCUUGGGCCUCUACGGCGGGAUCAUCUACUCUGGGAUCGAUAGUCUCUUUCUCAAGGGCCGCGUUCCCUGGACAUUCCAUCACAAGAAGGAGGACCAUGCUCACACCAAAUCCAUCAAGGAAUACAAGCCGAUAGACUAUCCGCCCCCGGACCACAAGCUGUCCUUUGACAUCCUCACCUCCGUCUCUCGCACGGGCACGAACCAUGCCGAGAACCAGCCGAACCAUCUGGUCAUCAAGCCCGAGAACCUGGCGGCGCAUCUCGAAACCAACGUCUCCCAGUUCGAUGGCCUCUUGAACAAGGCAUGUCCCGCCGGGGUCUACGAAUACAUCGAUGUCGAACACGACCCCAAUCUUCCUCCAAGCUCUGAUCCGCAAGCCUCGCCCCAGAAAAAAUUAGUCAUCAAUUCUCAGAAUUGCAUUCAUUGCAAGACUUGUUCGAUCAAAGUCCCUACCCAAGACAUCACCUGGACCGUCCCCGAAGGCGGCGGCGGCCCUGCGUAUUCUCUUACUUGA